UUGCACAGAAGGAGAGGCCCAAGGUUUUCUCUAUAAAUGGUGUUUCAAACACAGCUUGAAGCCUUAUCAUACAGCACCAUACCUGCCCAGAGGAACACAGAACACGAGUCACAGACUAGCAAGAAACCAUGGCUGCUCUGACAUUGGUAAAUACCAACUGGCAGCUUGAAGCAAAUGCGAGUGCACACCAUACUGAUAAAUACUCCAGCAGAGAGCUGAUUGUGAGGAGAGGACAAGCCUUCACCAUCAUCUUGACCUUCAACAGAGCACUGCAGACUGGAGAGAGCUUAACAUUCACUGCAGAAACAGGGCCACAACCAUCACUGCAAGCUAAGACCCAGGCUGUAUUUGACAUCUCCAGCACAGCGAGCAAUAGUACCUGGAGUGCAGUCCAACAAUCCACCAACUCCAGCUCCGUCAGCAUCUCUAUUUCCAGCCCGGCUAAUGCUGCCAUCGGACGCUACAAACUGAGCGUGCAGCCUGCCUCAGGUGGUAGGGCCUCCCAUCGGACCCUCGGAACAUUCGUUCUGCUCUUUAACCCUUGGUCUUCAGGGGAUGAUGUGUUUAUGCCUGACAGCUCUGAGCGCAAGGAGUACGUGCUGGAAGAGUUUGGAAUUCUCUUUGUGGGCAACGUAAACUAUAUUCACAGGCGGGGCUGGAAUUAUGGCCAGUUUCAAGGGGACAUUCUGAAUAUCUGCCUUUCCAUACUGGAUAGAAGCCUAAGCUACCGUCAAGACCCUGCCACUGAUGUGUCUCGCAGAGAUGAUCCCAAAUAUGUGGGCCGUGUGCUCAGUGCCAUGGUCAACAGUAAUGAUGAUAACGGGGUGGUGCUGGGAAACUGGAGUGGAAAUUACUCUGGUGGAACAAGUCCAGGCAGUUGGAAUGGAAGUGUUGAAAUCCUGCAAAAGUGGAAGGAUGCAGGAUUUAGACCUGUUAGAUAUGGACAAUGCUGGGUUUUUGCAUCAGUGCUGACCACAGUGCUCAGGUGUCUGGGGAUUCCUACUCGUGUGAUUUCAAAUUUCAACUCCGCCCAUGACGCAGAUAGAAACCUGAGUGUGGAUAUAUAUUAUGAUGAGUCUGGAAAUCGUCUGAACAUGGGGAGUGACAGCGUCUGGAAUUUCCAUGUCUGGAAUGAAAGCUGGUUUACCCGAAGUGAUCUGGGGCCCUCCUACAACGGAUGGCAAAUUCUGGAUUCAACUCCCCAGGAGAGAAGUGCAGGAAUAUAUCAGUGUGGUCCUGCCUCACUUAUAGCCGUCAAAGAAGGAGAUGUAGACCUUGAGUAUGAUUGUCCAUUCGUAUUUGCUGAGGUGAAUGCAGACCGUAUCAGCUGGACUUACGACAUUAGGCGUAGACAGGCAAAGCCGAUCUCUUCUGAGACCAAAUCAAUUGGCCAGAUCAUCAGCACCAAGGCAGUUGGCAGUUAUGACCAUGUAGAUGUCACUAAUAAUUACAAAUAUGGAGAAGGCUCUCGGAAGGAAAGAGAAGUGUAUGAAAAGGCUCGUACAAAGCUGGGUCGAGUAUAUGGUUUUAGUGCCACAUCAGAGAAGCGACCAGAAAUUGAUCAAAAGCCUGACAUUUCAGGGAAGUUCAAGGUGGAUGGCUCCUUACAGAUCGGCAAAGAUGUCAGCCUAAUCUUGGUUCUCAGAAAUUUGACCUCUGAUGCUAAGACUGUAAAGGCAAAUCUGACUGCUUGGACCAUCGUGUACACUGGGAAGCCAAUUCAUAAGGUCUGGAAAGACUCCCUUUCAGCUACUUUUGCUUCUGAAGAAGAGAAACAGUUUCCUGUUAAGAUAACAUAUGCUGAGUACCAGCAAAAUUUAACAGGAGACAACAUGAUUCGAGUAACAGCUUUGUGUCAAGUUGAAAGUGGGAUUGAUGUGGUGGUGGAAAGAAACAUCACUCUGGAUAACCCUGACCUUGUCAUGCAGGUCCCCAGUGAUGCGAAGGUGAAUGAACCAGUGAAUGUGGAAGUGAUAUUUACCAAUCCUCUCGACCAAGAAGUGAAAGACUGUGUGCUGCUGGCAGAAGGCAGUGACCUGGUGAAAGGAAAGCUUGAGAUAGAAAUACCCUCACUACAGUCCAGGCAAACUUCCAAAAUACCAUUUGAAAUCAUUCCCACCAAGAGUGGAACCAAGCAACUGCUCGUUAAUUUCUCCUGUGACAAGUUUCCAGAUGUCAAAGCCUUUGAGACCAUAAAUGUGGCCAACUGAUUAUAAGAUGUGCAGUGGUCAGUUUGUCUGUAUAACCUUGAGUGAAAUAGUACAAGAAAGCUCCUGUCUUCUGUGCACAAUUAGUAAAUCAAUCUAUUUCUGCUACAGAAACAAAAUCCACACCCUGUGUGACAGGAAAUAUCCUGUUACAUAGUUUUACCAAAUUCAUGGCUGUGAAAAAUGCAUCAUGGACUGUGAAAUCUGGUCUUUUGUGUAUUUUUACCCUAUACUAUACAGAUUUCACAGGGGAGACCAGCGUUUCUAAAACUGGGGGUCCUAACCCAAAAGAGGGUUGUGGGGGGAGUUGCAAGAUUACUGUUGGGGGGGUUGCGGUAUUGCCACCUUUACUUCUACGCUGCCUUCAGAGCUGGGUGGGUGGAGAGCAGUGGCUGUUGGCCAGGUGCCCAGCUCUGAAGGCGGUGUCUCACCAGCAGCAGCGCAGAAGUAAGGGUGGCAAUCCCAUGCCACCCUUACUUCUGUGCUGCUGCCUCAGAGUUGGGUCAGGACCCUACAGUUACAAUACCGUGAAAUUUCAGAUUUAAAUAUCUGAAAUAAUGAAAUUUACAAUUUUUAAAAUCCUAUGACCAUGAAAUUGACCAAAAUGGACUGUGAAUUUGGUAGGGUCCUAGUUAUACAUUCAAUACACAAUGUGAGGGAGGGAUUCUUCAUAUACUGAUGUAAAUUUCCAAAUUUUAAAUAUACUAUCUGCACUUCUCUCCCAAUUGUGUGUCUGGUUUUCUUAUGCCUUUUUAAAUUGGGAUGCUAUUCCCUGUGGCCCCAGGUACUGAUAAUCUGCUGUGAGAUCCGGACCCUUCUAGAGUGAGCAAUACUAAAUCUAUAUUAUUUUAACAUUGAACAUGACUUAUACUGUGCAGAAAGGACAGGAUAUUACAACAAUUUAAGCCACCCUUAUGAAAAGGUUCUCUAGAAUUUAAUAAGGAUGGAAACCAAUAGGGUUCUAUAGAAAUUACUCAAAAAAGGUAUAGAAUAGUAAGAUUCUUUUUAUGGCUUUUAAACCAGCCUACAGAAUUCUAUCACAGGCAUAUAAUUUUCUAUUAAAUUCUGUAAGUUUUUCUAAAGGAUAUUCACUAUUAAAGAGCUACAUUGUUUUACCUAUCCCGUUUUGGAUCCUCAGCUUCUUCUCUAGCAUUAUUGUCCCUGCCCCCAAAACUUUUUCACUUUGAGAUAGUUGGUGGGACCUACGCUGUGCUGGGUGCUUUCCAAACAGAGGAGGUCACAGUCCUUAUGCUAAAGAGUGAACAAUUAAAAAAGAUAAAGACAGGUGAAGUGUGGCAGAGAGGGAUAUGAGCUCUAGGCGGACAGUAUGUCUACACUGCAAUUUACCGGUGUGAUUGUAUCUUGGAUCUUGAAUAGACAUACCUGCACCACCUUUCAUCUACCUAGCAUGGCUAAAAGUAGCACUGAAGAUGCAGUGGCAUAGACCCCAGCAUAGGCUAUCAACACGAGUACAUAACCAGGAUUUCAGAUGGGCUUGUACAGCAUGGUAGUAUAGCCAUACUCAAAAUGAUCAAGGGGAUGAGACACCACAGGUUGGGUUUGUUUGUUUUUUUAUAAAAUUCCUCUUCCUCCGCCAUACAGUUCCCAUGUUCCCACCCACCAAUCCCCAGAUUCAGCUGCAGUAAUUUUAUCUUUCUGCCUUCUAGUUUACACUCAAAAACACGGUGCAACUUCCCUUGGCUGAAAAAAACCUGCUCCCCUCAGUCUCACGUCCCUCUACUGCCCCACCUUGGUCUCUACAUGCCAAUACACUAAUGCACAGAUGCUGUCAAGAACUAUGGGCUUGAGUUCCCUCAGCUGAGUCUGGGACUUAUCCCUCAGGCCAGUCAAUGUACCUAGCUGGGCUGCAGCAGAGUCGCCUGAUUGGCCAGCCUAGACAAUUGGCUGCAAGGAACCAACAGGUUUGCAUUUAAGUUCAGCAGGAAUGCUCACACCUGAAGCUGUGAUCAUGCCUGUGCCUACCUCAUUCUUGUCCUACUCCAGCCCUGCUCCCUUGCCUGGUUCCUGAAUCUGGCUCUGACUCCCUGUUUCUGGCUCUUACCCUGAGGCCAGACCACAGGGAUGUCUGUGAUGGUGCACCCCAUAAGGCUUUAUGGAAAUAUGCUUAUGAAUGUAUAUAUGACAUAACUAGAAUAUGUUUUAUGCUACAUAUGUGAUGUAACAUAUCUCUGUAAAGGUUAUGGUCUACUGAAUCUAUUCAUCCUAUCUGUAUGCAUGUAUUGGUUUUAUAUUUGAAGUUAUGAAUAUUGGCUGUGAACUGGCUUGAUUUUUAAAUAGCCUUUGUAAAGCAUUUGGUCAGCUUCUUGAGAAAGGAAUGUGCAAAUUAAGUGCCCAGUCAAGAAGCACUUAAGGGACAAUGGAUCUUGGAAGGCUCCAAUCCACAUAAGAAGUCUACAUGAGGAAGUUCAAGGUAGCAGGUAAGCAAUGGCUGCUGCCUGUAAAAACUUGAGUCAUGCAUGGACAUGUGACUUGCCCAUGUGACUUCAAAACUCCAUCUUGGAGCUGGACUUUGCAUAGGAGAGAGGAGGGGGUCUCCACCCAUAAGAGAAAGUCUAUUUAAAACCCUGAGAGACCCCUCCAUUUGGUCUUCAGCUGGCCAAAGAGAGAGCCUCUCCACCCCCAAGGAUACCUGAAAGAAACUGGAACAAAGGACAAUAAGUACAGGGGGUGUGAGUGAUUGUUGGACUCAGACUAGAAGGAGGCUAGUCUGUAAAAGGAAGCUUACUGGAAUUCCUCUAAGGGUGAGGUUUUUAUCUGCAUUCAGUUUUAUUACUGUAUUAGACAUAGAUUUGCAUGUUCUAUUUUAUUUUGCUUGGUAAUUCACUUUGUUCUGUCUGUCAUUACUUGGAACCACUUAAAUCCUACUUUCUCUAUUUAAUAAAAUCACUUUUUACUUAUUAA